GACUUAAAAAAAAACCUCAAAGCUUAACGCUUGCUGAAUGCCGAGCUGCAGUGCUUUGCUUUUUCCCUCCUCCUUCCUUCUUUUCUUUCUUGUCUGGACUUCCUCUGUUUUGUUUUGUUCUUGGGGGCAUUUCACAUAGAUUUUUUCACUGUCAGUGGAGGGGUGCGGUAAGAGGAAUAAAAAAAAAUUCCAGCCAAAAUAAAUCCUCCCCAAAAACUCACGAGUAGCUUUGCAAUGGGUGCUGUCAUGGGUACGUUCUCUUCUCUACAAACGAAACAAAGAAGACCAUCAAAAGAUAAGAUUGAAGAUGAACUAGAAAUGACGACAGUGUGCCAUAGACCCGAGGGACUGGAACAGCUUGAAGCACAGACCAACUUCACUAAAAGAGAACUUCAAGUUCUUUACAGAGGAUUUAAAAAUGAAUGUCCUAGUGGGGUUGUUAACGAAGAAACAUUCAAACAGAUCUAUGCACAGUUUUUUCCUCAUGGAGAUGCCAGCACGUAUGCACAUUACCUCUUCAAUGCCUUCGACACUACACAGAAUGGCUCAGUGAAGUUCGAGGAUUUUGUGAUGGCAUUGUCCAUUCUCCUGCGGGGAACUGUCCACGAAAAGCUGAGAUGGACAUUUAAUCUGUAUGACAUAAAUAAGGAUGGCUAUAUAAACAAGGAGGAAAUGAUGGAUAUCGUAAAGGCAAUUUAUGAUAUGAUGGGAAAAUACACGUAUCCAGUGCUCAAAGAAGAUGCACCAAGGCAGCACGUAGAAGUGUUUUUCCAGAAAAUGGAUAAAAACAAAGAUGGAGUUGUAACUCUAGAUGAGUUUAUUGAAUCAUGUCAGGAGGACGACAAUAUCAUGCGAUCCUUACAGCUCUUUGAGAAUGUCAUGUAACGAGACGAGCACAGGAGGAGUCUGAGACUUCUAUAUAACAAAGAUCUCCUUUCUGGGUGAAAGAUUUUACAAUUGAGCCAUGUCCAGUGUGUGAGGAUUUUGUAUGACAUGUCCAACCAAAUGGCAACUGAAUGCAACUGAUCCCACCUCUUCUCCCCCAGAAGAUGCUGGUGGACCUUUGUUUCAUUUUGGAAGCAUGUGAAUAUUUUAAUAAAUCCCUACAAGAGAGAACUGCUGCUCAAAGUUCAAUGAGUAAUACAGAGCAUUGUUUUCUAGACAAGUCCUGCUUUUAAUCUAGCGAGCUUAAUUCCCUAUGAGAGCACGUUGAUAGCUAUUCAGCCAUCUAUUGCAAGUGACAGCUCAGUCUGUACCUCCGUUCAGCACAAUGUUCUGUGGAUGUCUUGCCAUUAAUCUACUUUGACAAAACCCCAAUCUACCAAGGCAGUCUGUGAAAAAAUGAACAGUCAAUGUUCUUGAGACAUUAAACAGAUAGCCCAUGUAGCUGGUAUCCCCAUUUCUGCAGAGAUCAUGCUUAUCCUCUCACAUGCACUGGUGCCACCAUGUUGACUUUGGUGGAGUUCUUCCUGAACAUUUUAACCAGGAGGUCUUCAUGACAGGGUGAGCCAGAAAGGAGCAUAAUAUGAUACACAUAAUAAUAUAAAAGUACAGAAUAAAUCCUGUUCAGGAAUGGUAAGUUCCCAAGAGACCAGGCAGGUGUGUAAGGGCUGGUACAGAAAGAUGAGCACCUGCUCUGGUCCCAGCCUCCUGCUGAGUCCCAGGGACACCAGGUGAUGCUCCACUGUGCAUCUCAGUAGCACCAUGACCAUGUACUCUGGUCCUUUUGCUGUAGUUUGGCACACACUUUCUAGGUUCAUCACUGGACAUUACAGUAAGGUCUUGCCCCUUUGGAUUUAUUUAAGCUUUCUUGUUUGACUUAGUGAAGAACAAAGAUGCAGCUGUGUUUCAGCAUACAGACCUUGGCAUUCACAAAGUACCCAGCACAUUUGAGUGGGAGCUCUUGAAUUGUUAUUAGCCUCAGAAUGAGCUGCCAUGCCUGUAUUUUUUUUUUUUCCUACAAGGUGGUAGCAUGCCUUGUAAAAGCCCCAUUGGUUUAGGGGUUUUGUUUUUAAUUAAUAAAACAGAAAAGUUCAUAUAGUGAAUUUACACCAAGGUUGGAUGAUGUGUCAGCUGGGGAACGUCAGAGCCUUCUGUGAAGAAGCCUCUUAGGCAAGCUGACCCACCAGAGUGCCAUUGCCACCUCCAGGCAGACGAUGGCUGAGAAGCAAAGGGAAGGAAGAAAACAGCCAACUUUUCCAGCUGCUCAAACCACGCAGAUGGGACAGUCCCUGCCAUAGUGCUAUAUCACUCCCAUCUAGUAAGCAUCUAUUUUUAUUGUAUCACAUACUAUUUUACAGACAAACUGGUAGCACUGAAGAUAUAUUUAAAAAUUAUGUAAGUGGAAGGUUUUUAUAAUACAGAAUAUGUAGAAUGCCUCAGUUCUGUAGCCCUAAUUUUAUAAAAAUUUCAUCUAUUGAGGCAUUCUUGAUUACAGAAGUAGGUCUGAUCGUCCUAAUACAAUGAUAACGCCAGUUCCCCAAGAUGAGGCAUUUGCAGCAGUGAUCCAGCAGCUCUGGUGAAGGGCUGGGAUUUGCAGGAGGGAGGCCAUGCUGCGGGAGUACCUUUUCUCCAGUUGUUGGGUAUUAUCAUUUAGGCUUUAUUUAACAGGCACUUGGUAAAGACAUCAGUUGUAGCUGAAAUAAUAAAUGCACAGUUUACACCAUUCCUUCUUGAUUCUUCCUGCAAUCACUUUAGCAAAUGACAGAAUCUAAUAUAAUUACCAGGUUUUCCCUCCCAUCAAAACUGCUUAGUCUAAUUUUUUAAGCAGUUCAUGUCAGCAGAGGGAGAAGUGGUCAGGACAAUGGAAAUGAAGGAUUUGAAUCAGGCUAGCACAGUGCCUUUUUCCUUUAAUAGUCUUGCUUCAAGGGUGCUUAUGAGAUGGCUCAUACAGAUAGAAAUGUUUGGAAUGUGACCUUUUCAAAAUAAAAUAUUAUUAGUUGCUUGAUGCCAUUGUCCUUGAAGCUAAAUUAAUUUCUGGAGUUAUUGUGAUGAAUUUGGCCUCAGCGGUGUUUGCUGGCCCUGCUGGCAGCAGUUCUGUGGUGGCUGCCUUUGUCACCAGGGUGGUCACUGCUUUCUCUCGAGUGUGGCUCCAGCUCAGCAGCAAACAGCUGGUGUCACUGUCCGUGCGUGCUGACAUAUAUUACUGAAAUCAGGGUACCAGUACCAGCCCUGCACUUCUGCUAUCUCCUUUCCUGCUCCACUGUGCCUGCUUUUCAUUGCCAGGAACAAUGAGGGUGCAUCAGAGAGGGAGAUGCUGACAGCUACACCAAAUCUUCCCUUAGAGGAUAACGAGCUUUGAUUUCUAUCCCACCGGGGUAAAACCCCUCCCACACACCCCAGAUGUUCAGGGCUGAGUUGAGCUCCAUGUUUCCCCUGAAGCCCAUAGUAGGUGACACAGAAGAACUUGCAAAGUGCCACCCACAGCUGAGUUUUCCCAAAGCUCAGAUCGCAGAAUCUAUCUGUGUCAGAGUCCUUGCCAUUGCAAAUCCAAUUAUUUUCCUGAUCCCGCUGUUUGUCCAUGAUCCCACUGUUACAGCCAGAGGCUGGGAUGCACUGGUGUAUAGAAGGCCUCUUGGUUUUCCAUCAGCAGCUUCUGUCCAUGGCAGGUGUGCUCCAGCCAGCAGGUGAGACAUCAGUGACUGUGAGAGAGCUGCUCUCUGCAUGGAAGUGGCUUUGGGUUUGCUUUUCACGUUUUCUGUGAAUGUUACUCUACUGUAAACUUGCCAAGCCUCUGCUUGCUCAUAAAUGGGGCUUGCAAUAUUUAUGACAAGCACUACUACAGAUUUCUAAAUAAAACACACUAUGCUACUCCAGUCUACUACCCUCAUCAAUCCCCCUGCCAGUAGGCAGAAGGCAGUUUCUGUUACAGUCAGAUUCUGUCAGUGCUAUCAACUGUGCACAUUUCCUCCAAGUUAUGAAUUUUUAAAUAAUGUCUGAAUCAGGACUCUGACUGUUUCACUAGUUACAAACAUUAGUCUGCAUCUUCAUGCCAGCAUUUUAUAAAGAAAGCCUUUCUAACAUGCAUUUUAGGUAACAGUCUAUUGACAAAUAGGAAUGUGAUAAAUGAUAAUUAAAAAAAAAAAAAGGUACUGUGCCUGUUCUGUGGCUGUUUGUUUUCCUGUUCCUCUGAAUGCAAUGCACUAUUGUGAAUAACCAUGAGCCAAAAGCUUGAGCCAUAAAUACCCUGAGGUUCAGGCAUCGUGGGUAGUGGCAUUUCCUGACUGCAAUAUGUGUUGAGAACAAAAACCCUUGUGUCUGUGGGUCACCUCUGAUGAGAUGGUAGCAGUAGUGUGUCAAACUUCUUCUUUAUAUAAGUGCCAUGAAAGAUCUAAGGAAAUGUGCAAAUAAUGUAAAUUGUGGUAACUAAAGCCAUGUUAAUGGAUCAGCCAUGUAUAACUUCACUGUUACAAAUGCUAUUCUCUGACGGCAAUUUGUAUUCAAUUUUGUUGAAUGGUUUUAAAAAUGUUGAUUUUAAUAAUAAAAGGAAAUACCUGCAGGAGGGCAUCCUUUCUUAAACCCA